CUCGCGAGCGGCUUGCUGUUUCAAUUUCGAAAUGACUCGAUUCAAAUACAAAUACCUUUUCUAUUCUCUAAUUCCUAUAUUUUUGUACUUACUGGUUUUUCAUCCAGUGAUAACAUUUCUAAGUUCGAGAGGCCAACCAAUCAACUCUUCGUUUCCAAUAACCUUCUACCACAAGGCAUAUAUUGAUUACAGAACCAACCCUCCCCGUCUCCGGCUGUUCAGUCUAAACCCAUGCGUUAAACCGAAUACCUAUCUACUAAUUGAUGUGUACAACAGAGGAAGUCCCAUUCCGAAUGAAGUAAAACUCUUGGGAGAUCCUUUUGGGUUCUUCAAUGAAAAUUGUCCACCGGUUUAUGGUCCUGCCACGCAUUGUUUCUACGUUCCACACACUUUUUAUGGGGUGCUUCCAGACAAUGGAAUAAUUGAGAAGGCUACCAUACGAUGGGAAGACCGAGAAAUAGAAUUUGCCAUUGAGGAAAUCGGGAAAAAAUACGAGCGAGGCCUCACUGUAUGCCUACAAAUCGUCUAUUACUAUUCUCAAUGGCAAAACGUAAUCUUAUACAUUGAAGCCUGGCGGGCUCAGGGAGCAACUCGUUUUAUAGUUUUUUAUCAUUCAUCCACAGAAGACACCAAAAAAGUUCUGGACUACUAUGAAAAACUGGGGCUUAUUGAGCUACGACCCUGGCCCAACAUUGGCGAGCUCUCUUCAAAUAUUUCCCCGAUGUACCCAAAAGUUGAUGAAAGUGUGUUUAUUAUUGCAACUCAUAUGGCUCUUCAAAUAUGUUCUCUGGAAAUUAAGACGUCUUUGGGUAUUGUUGCGGAUUUCGAUGAGGUUAUGGUACCCGAUAAGGGUACUGUACUUGAUCAUGCGAUGAAGGAAAUGACCGGGAAGGAUAUUGGAGCAUUGUUGUUUGAAAAUACACAUGUUGCACUGACGCCUAAUAUUUAUACGAAUAACUACUCAGGAGUGAGGUCACUGACGUUCACCGAUAUUUUCGCACCGCCCAAGUACAUCUUCAACACCUCUCUUAUUGAUAUCUGUGAAACCCAUUCCCCAGGAAAGUUCCUUCAUAAGUCCACCUACACAAAAAUGGCAAAUGGCACUGUUCUACACUUUCGGUUCAAUGUGAAGCAAAUCCGAGCGAAAAUUGUUCGAAAGUCUUAUCGAUUUUUCCCAAAUGACACAGCUGGGCAUAUUAGGAAUAUGCAUGAUACGAUGAACAAGAUUUUCGAAAAUUCACCACCUGCAUUUUCGUACAAGCCAAUUGAGACUUUGAAUAAGUGCAUAGCCAAAGUCAAAUCCGACGUAUGCCAUAGCACUGGUGGAAUCUGCAAAGCUGCGAUGGAUAAUGUCACCAAUUGGGUAUACAACACGACUGAAGGAUUGUUCACAACGGGUACACGUAUCAUCGUCUAAUCUAUGUAUCUCAUAUUUUUGCUAGAGAAGUAUUUUAGUUUUGUUUUUGAAAUAAAAAUAAAAAUUCACAUUUGUCAA